CCUUGCUCCCCGUGUCAAAGAAUAACAUAGAGAAGAAAAUCCCUUCCACUCCGCCGCCGCCGCCGCCGCCGCCGCCGUCCCACGCGUAGCCGCCGUCGCGCGAGAAGAUGCUCGACAUCAACCUCUUCCGCAAGGAGAAAGGCGGCGACCCUGAGCUUGUCCGCGAAUCGCAGCGCAGACGCUUCGCGGACGCCCCCAAGCCCGAAACAUUAGAAAACGCCGUUGCGCUCGUCGACGAGGUCAUCGUCCUCGACGAGGCGUGGCGCCAGAGGCAGUUCGAGCUCGACAAGAUCCGGCAGGAGCUCAACAAGACCAGCAAGGAGAUCGGCAAGCUCAAGGCCAAAAAGCAGGAUGCGACGGAGCUGAUACAGAGCACAGAGGAGAUUAAGAGGAGGCUGGCCGCCAAGGAGACGGAGGUGGAGGAGGCCAAGACCACCCUCGAUGCCAAGCUCGUCACCAUUGGCAACCUCGUGCAUGAUUCUGUGCCCAUCAGCGGCGACGAGGCAAACAAUGCUAUUGUCCGUACAUGGGGAGAGAGGAGACUGGAGGAGAACUUGAAGAAUCAUGUGGAUCUUUGCAUAAUGCUUGACAUUGCAUCUUUGGACAAGGGUGCCGAUGUAGCUGGUGGAAGAGGUUUCUUUUUGAAGGGCAAUGGUGUCCUCCUGAACCAGGCAUUGAUAAAUUUUGGCCUAACAUUCCUGAGAAUACGAGGCUUCACACCAAUGCAAACUCCUUUUUUCAUGAGAAAGGAAAUCAUGGCAAAAUGUGCCCAGUUGGCCCAAUUUGACGAGGAGCUCUACAAAGUAACAGGUGAUGGAGACGAUAAGUAUCUCAUAGCUACAUCCGAGCAACCACUAUGUGCUUAUCAUCUGGGUGAUCGAAUAUAUCCUGCUGAUUUGCCAAUUAGAUAUGCUGGGUUCUCCACGUGCUUCCGGAAAGAAGCUGGUUCACACGGGAGGGAUACAGCUGGCAUCUUCAGAGUCCACCAGUUUGAAAAGAUCGAACAGUUCUGUGCCACAAGCCCAAAUGACAAUGAAUCCUGGGAAAUGCAUGAGGAAAUGAUAAAAAAUGCAGAAGAUUUUUACAAGGAGAUUGGCCUACCAUAUCAACUAGUUUCCAUUGUCUCUGGUGCACUUAAUGAUGCUGCAGCUAAGAAGUAUGAUUUGGAAGCAUGGUUCCCUGCUUCAAAAACAUUCAGAGAAUUAGUAUCCUGUUCAAAUUGCACAGAUUAUCAGGCAAGGAGACUUGGAAUAGGCUAUGGCCAGAAAAAGAAUGACGAGCAGUCCAAGCAGUUUGUUCAUAUGUUGAAUUCUACGCUGACUGCAACUGAGAGGACCCUUUGCUGUAUUCUGGAGAACUACCAGAGGAAGGAUGGCGUUGAAGUGCCAAAGGCACUGCAGCCGUUCAUGGGUGGGAUAGAUUUCCUUCCUUUCAAGCGUCCUCUUGAUAGCAAACAAGCUGCUGACUCCAAACCCAACAAGUCUAAACCCAAGGGAAAUGCAGCUUGAGCUUUAAGAGGGGCGAAUGGAAACUUAUUUCCAUCAGGCAGAUAAUGAUACAUCCUUUUGUUAAUUUAUGGGUCGUCUGUAGCAUGAUUAUGAUUUGGUGCCCCAUUAUUUUUAACAAAAGACACCGUGGAGCUAUAUUUCAUUAAUGAAGAAGAAGCAGUGGAGCCGAAGUUACAAAGCUAGGGUAUAACCAAAUGAAAAAGGGAAACCAUCGCCGGCAAUCGGUCUAUACAGCCGGCUAUAACCACAUUCAUGGCUGCUUGUAUAAUCUUUCAAGUUGGCACAACCCAGCAUCUGGCCUCAUCCGCGAUUCGACUGAAGAUCUGCACGGCAGAGCAGUUCGAAUUGGUUUUCCAUUUUGGUUGUUUUGUUUACAAAACAUUGCAAUCCAGGCUGCCUGCUCACAUUUUACAAGAAAAUACAUUAGUAUCUUCCAUAAUUGUACUUCAUAGUUCAUACACUCGUUAAUCGUUUAAGUUGUCUGGACUUCACUUA